AUGUUUUAUUACGGAGAUUCAAUUGCAGGGGAGCCACUCAUCUUCUUUGAAUGCUUUAGGAUUAUUUCAAUAUCAAUAGCUGUUUAUUCUGCAUGAUUUUGCGAGGUGAGAGCGACGAGAACAAUGGUGCCAUGACCUUCCAGGUCAGUGAGUUAUGUUGAGUAGUCAGACAUUCCAUCCAUCUCAACAGCACGUCUGUCUUGUCCAUUUUCAUGUCGUACCGAAGCCCGACGAGAAAGAGGGAUUGAUUCUAGACAUAGAGAAAAGUUGGCCUCAACAAUCUCCUGAUGAGACUGAACUUGAGGCUACUCAGGCCAAAAUGGUUGGUCGUUUAGGAUAGCUGAAAUGGAAAAGGUUCUGAAAGAUAGAAAUGUACGGGGAAGAAUUGAACCAAUAAAAAGCCAGAUAUGAUACUAGUACUGCAGCGUCUGAGAAUUUCGGUGGUCAGG